UCGAUGCGAAUAAUGCUGACAUCACUAACAGAGUGUAGCUGAUUCAUUCGUUUUCGUCGUGUAAAAAUUAUAUUUUUUUAAAUGUAUUUAGUUGGAUUGACUGGUGGCAUUGCCACUGGAAAAAGCACAGUUGCUGCUAUUUUUCGGGAGCAUGGCAUCCCUGUUAUAGAUGCCGAUGUAAUUGCCCGAAAAGUUGUUGAACCAGGAAAACCAGCAUGGUAUAAAAUACAAAAGGAAUUUGGUCCAGAUGUGUUUUUGGAUACUGAACAUUUGGAUAGAACAAAACUUGGAGAUUUAAUAUUUAAUGAUGUGGAAAAGAGAAAAAAACUCAAUGCUAUAACGCAUCCCGAUAUAUACAAAGAGAUAUACUGGCAGACUUUCAAAUACUUUUUACAAGGCCAUCCUUUCAUAGUUAUGGAUCUACCAUUACUUUUUGAGACAGGACACAUGUUGAAUUACUUGCACAAAAUUAUAGUUGUAACAUGUGAAGAAGAUCUUCAGCUACAACGAUUAAUGGAACGCACUGGAUUUACAGAAGCUAAAGCGAAAUUAAGAAUAGCUGCACAAAUGUCCCUGGAAAAAAAAGCAGACAUGGCAAGUUUUGUAAUUGAAAAUUCGGGCAGUGCAAGGGAUACGAGGGAACAGACCGUGAAAGUGAUUAAUGUAUUACGAUCCUCCAAGCAUCAUUGGAAAUUGCGUCUUUUAGUCGGGCUUUGUUGUACUGUACUAUUAGCUGGCGCGUAUUGGUUAAAGAAUAGAAGUUCGAAAUCUCUAUCCACUGCAACAUGAAAUUGUUCAUUAAAAUUAUUUAGUUAAAAAAAUUAAUGUUCUCUAUAAAUCGUAGUCACGUGAUAAAAGCGAGUGUGAUUUUUGUUAACUUUUAUACAGCAGCAUUCGCAAAAUUAAAGUUUUCAU